AAGGGCAGGCGCGCGCACGUCCUGACGCACGCCUCGGCGGCGGCGGCGGCGGCAGCGGCGCGGGCGGGAGCCAGCGGUCACGGAGGGAGUUGGAGCCCCGGAGCCUAGCGGUCGCUUUGGCAGCGUGUAAGCAACUUCUUACCAAGAACCCAGGUCACCUCUAAGAAGGGGGCCUUAGGGAGAAGAAUAUCCAGAGGAAACCAAUGCCAGACGCGUCUGGAAUUACAGUCACCGCGGGCAGCAUGAGACAUUGUGUGCCAGCAUUUAUGUCCUCCUGGCAAAGACUGUAGCUCUCCAGGUGGGAGGGUCCUGGAAGCAGCACGCACCAGGAGCCUCCAGAGGAAGAAUGGAGCCAGAUGUGAACUCUCUACAAUGAACACAUUUUCAGCUUAUGAAGGAAAUUUGAGUAAAACAAUUAUUUAAUUUCCACAUAUUCAAGUUCAGUGGCCUUCCGUGUGAAGUGCCAGCAGCCACCCCUCCACAGGAGUUACUAGGAUUUUUCUGGCACCAGGUUGAACUCUUCUUGGUACUUCUGGCAGUGACGGGUCUUCAGGACAGAUUUAUCUGCUAAAUGCUCUUGGGCAGGAAAAAAAUAAAACUGCCGAAAGCAGCGUAAGGGUAGCAGGACAGAGAUCCCUCCUUCACUGCUCACUUUCACAGAAACUCAGCCUGGACACGGAUGCUUACCCUGAAGAUUGAUUCUGCCUCAUUCCCCUGCAAGCCCAUCUAUUCUGGAGAGAGCUGGCAUUUUUGGGCUGCCUCCUGUGGCCCUUCUUACUAUCCUCCUCCUCGCAAACUUACUCUUCAGGCCGUCAAAUGAUAUGAACUUUGGAAUGGAGUUUGUUAUCCUUUGGGGACUUGCUCCCUUUCCCGGGCUCUUGCUGUCUGAGAGGACCAUCUGAAGGCUGUGGUUUGUUCUUGGGGAGGAGGGCCUUGGCCUUGCCUGGAUCCUCCACCAUGUUCCUGUUGCUGCCUUUUGAUAGCCUGAUUGUCAACCUUCUGGGCAUCUCCCUGACUGUCCUCUUCACCCUCCUCCUCGUUUUCAUCAUAGUCCCUGCCAUUUUUGGAGUCUCCUUUGGUAUCCGAAAGCUCUACAUGAAAACUUUGUUAAAAAUCUUCGCGUGGGCCACCUUGAGAAUGGAGAGAGGAGCCAAGGAGAAGAACCAUCAACUUUACAAGCCCUAUACCAACGGAAUCAUUGCAAAAGAUCCCACUUCACUGGAAGAAGAGAUCAAAGAAAUUCGUCGAAGUGGUAGUAGUAAGGCUCUGGAUAAUACUCCAGAGUUUGAGCUCUCCGACAUUUUCUACUUUUGCCGGAAAGGAAUGGAGACCAUUAUGGAUGAUGAGGUGACGAAGAGAUUCUCAGCAGAGGAGCUGGAGUCCUGGAACCUGCUGAGCAGAACCAAUUAUAACUUCCAGUAUAUCAGCCUUCGGCUCACUGUCUUAUGGGGCUUGGGAGUGCUGAUUCGGUAUUGCUUCCUUUUGCCGCUCAGGAUAGCUCUUGCUUUCACGGGCAUUAGCCUUCUGGUGGUAGGCACAACCAUGGUGGGAUACUUGCCAAAUGGGAGGUUUAAGGAGUUCCUGAGUAAACACGUCCACUUAAUGUGCUAUCGGAUCUGCGUGCGAGCCCUGACGGCCAUCAUUACCUACCACGACAGGAAAAACAGGCCUAGGAACGGUGGCAUCUGUGUGGCCAAUCACACGUCUCCUAUUGACGUCAUCAUUUUGGCCAGCGAUGGCUAUUACGCCAUGGUGGGACAAGUGCAUGGUGGCCUCAUGGGUGUGAUUCAGAGAGCCAUGGUGAGGGCCUGUCCUCAUGUCUGGUUUGAGCGCUCAGAAGUGAAAGAUCGCCACCUGGUGGCUAAAAGACUGACUGAGCAUGUGCAGGAUAAAAGCAAGCUACCCAUCCUCAUCUUCCCAGAGGGAACCUGCAUCAAUAAUACAUCGGUGAUGAUGUUCAAAAAGGGAAGUUUUGAAAUUGGAGCCACCGUUUACCCUGUUGCUAUCAAGUAUGACCCUCAGUUUGGUGAUGCCUUCUGGAACAGCAGCAAAUAUGGGAUGGUGACAUACCUGCUGAGAAUGAUGACCAGCUGGGCCAUUGUCUGCAGUGUUUGGUACCUGCCUCCCAUGACCAGAGAGACAGAUGAGGAUGCCGUCCAGUUUGCCAAUAGGGUGAAAGCGGCCAUCGCCAGGCAGGGGGGACUCGUGGACCUGCUGUGGGAUGGGGGGCUGAAGAGGGAGAAGGUGAAGGAUGCAUUCAAGGAGGAGCAGCAGAGGCUGUACAGCAAGAUGAUUGUUGGGAACCACGAAGACAGGAGCCGGUCCUGAGCCCAUGGUCGCACCGGCUGGGGCUGCCGCGCCUGAAUCCUGACACGUGAGCCAGCUGGAGUUGUCACCGCCUCUGCCCCCACUGCUGCAUCCUUUCCAGACUCCAGGGCUCUUCCGGCUGCUCUGGAGCCCAGGACUCCAGCUUCUUCAGAGCCGCCCCGGGAUCCUGGGCUGGCCGUCUGAAGUGAACAGUGCUGGGUGUUGCUGCCCAGGACGAGAUGCCUUCUUGUUUCUUGUACCAUAAGUCCGUUGGAGGAAUGCCAUUAAAGUCAGCUCUCCACCUGUGCGCAUCCACGGCUGAGUGGUUGGGGAAAACUGGCCCCAUUCCUGUAUCCGAGUUGUUAGGAUGUUGGUCUGUUACAGAUGGCCACCUGCCAGGGACUUUGCUGGGGAAAGGAUCUCCCCACCCGUGAGGAAAGGCACCACCGAGGCAGUGCGGCUCGCUUUAACCUGAACACCACCCGCCAGCCUUGGAGCUCUGCAGACUUGAUAAAAAGAAAGCUUGUCUGCAGGGGCUUUCAGCAAAAUGAAGUUUUAAAUUCUUUGCUGCUGCCCACUGGCAGUAACCAAAGGGGAGGGGAAGAGGCAAGGUGGGCCAGUGACUGGUGUGCAGUGGCCGCCAAGAGGCAUUUUGCACUCAAACUCCACGCUCACCCUGAACUCCAGUGUGACUUUCUCUCUGUUAACAUGUGCCUCAGUUUCCCUGUCUCUAACCUGGACCAGGAGGGGAAGGGUGGCGAUACGUACCUCACAGGGUGGUUGUGGGGGUGGGAGGCUACUGGGAGUGAAGGACAGGUCUGUGAAGAGCGGCAGGACAAGGUCUGAGCUCAGAGCUGCUGCCCAGGGCUUGGGGUUUGUUUUGUGAGUAAAUAAAAUUGUCUUCUGUGGUGAAUGAA